ACAAAGAAACGAUUGCCAAUUUGCAUCAUAGAAGUAUUAAUGUCAUUUGGGUAUGUGGACCCCUUUCUUCUCUCUUCCCCCUCACCUGGCCCUCAACCUGUAACUGUUUAACUGAUUUCUUUUUCUUAUUCAACCAUUUUUCUUUUUUCUUUCCCUCAAAUCAUUUAUUUUCUAUCUAAUCCCCAUUAAUUAUUCUCUUUCUCCCUUCGAUUUUAUCAUCAUCUUUACCUGUAUUAUUAUUUUCAGAAUAAAAAUUAUAUACCCUAAUCAACAAAUUUAGUACCCUUUUGAAAUUGCAACCUUAAAAACUCAAUUUUAUCCAUCAACAAUUCACUCGCCACUUUUUCUGCCCAAUCAUACUUGUUUUAUUCUUCAAAUGACUCUCAAUUCAUUAAUUUCUGAGUUUUACACAAAAAACGUUUCUUUUGAUUGUAAAGUUACCAUUUUUAGGACUUUCUCUACACAAUUUCUUCAAAAAUCUCCCACUUUCUAAUUUUAGUUCAUGGGUUUGUAAGAAAAAACCCAUUUUUGGUAAUAAGUUUGAAGCUUGAGCCAUUUCUAUGGCGCUAAAACCCAUUUAAAAGCAAUUUUCUUAUAUCCAAAUAAAAAAAAACCUUUCUUUUGAUUGUAAAGGUACUACCUUUAACCCUUUCUCUUAACAAUUUCUUCAACAAAAUCUUCCAUUUUCUAAUUUUAUUUCAUGGGUUUGUAGGAGAAAACCCUUUUGUGGUUAAAAGUUUGAAGCUUGAACCAUUUCCAUGGCGCCAAAACCCAUCUAAUACCAAUUUUCUAAAACACCCAUAUGGAGGAAGACCAUUUUCUACCAUUGUUGAGGCAACAAGUACCUCCCCCACCCCCGCCUUUAACUUUACCUAGGCUUCCUGAAAAUGAAGAAGCUUCCAUUUCUUUAACUCCUUAUGAGUUCAAAGAUCUUCUCAUAUUUGGUCCUUCUCUUCCCUCUCCUAGAGAAUCACCUGUUACUAUUCAGCAUACUCCUUCUACUUCUCUAUUGGAAGCUCUUUCCUUUUCAUCUCCUCCUAAAUUACCACCUUCCCCUUCAGAAUUUCAUCAUCUUUCUUUUCUUUUUGAUCCCCAAGAUCAUCAUCAUCAUCAACAACAAGAACAAGAACAAUUUCCAUCAUAUAAUGAGCCACAAAAACAAUGGUUAGUUGAUCCCAAUUACAAAUGCAAGAAAACCAAUCUUCAUAGGUCAAGAACUGCCCCAGCUAUGGCUGUUUUAAAUGAUUUUAACAAACACAAAGAGAAAAACCCACAACCCAUUUCUCAAUCUAUUGUUAUACAAGCUUUUAUGUUACUUUUAGUUUAUUUAUCAUUUGGGAUUCUUAUAUAUUGGUUUAAUAGAAAACAAUUUUCAGUAAGGGAAACUCACCCAAUUCUUGAUGCUUUGUAUUUUUGUAUUGUGACUAUGUGUACUAUUGGUUAUGGGGAUAUUACACCUAAUUCAACUACAACUAAAAUGUUCUCAAUUUUAUUUGUUUUAGUUGGAUUUGGGUUUGUUGAUAUUUUGCUUAGUGGGAUGGUUACUUAUGUGUUGGAUUUACAAGAAAGUUAUCUUCUUAGAACUGUUAAGGCUGGAAAACAAGAGGAUCAAGCCAAAUCUGUGCUUGUUGAUGUAAAGAAAGGUAGAAUGAGGAUUAGAAUGAAGGUGGGUUUAGCAUUAGGUGUUGUAGUUUUAUGUAUUGGAAUUGGGGCUGGUUUUGUGCAUUUUAUUGAGAAACUUGGAUGGGUUGAUUCAUUUUAUUUGUCAGUUAUGUCUGUUACUACUGUUGGUUAUGGUGAUAGGGCAUUUACAUCUUUGUUUGGGCGUAGUUUUGCUUCUGUAUGGUUGCUUGUGUCUACACUUGCUGUUGCUAGGGCAUUUCUUUACUUGGCCGAGGCUCGAAUCGAUAAGCGUAAUCGGUUGUUGGCGAAAAGGGUGCUUGGUCAGGACAUGACCAUUUCACAAUUCCUUGCUGCUGAUAUGGAUAACAAUGGUUUUGUGAGUAAGUCAGAGUAUGUAAUCUACAAAUUGAAGGAAAUGGGGAAGGUAUCAGAUAAAGAUAUCCUUUUGAUUUGCAAGAAAUUUGAUCAGCUGGAUUCUGGCAAUUGUGGGAAAAUUACUCUUGCUGAUCUUAUGCACAGUCAUCACCGCGAUACAGUAUAGGACUCAAAAAGAGGGCUCGACUUUUCAGACUAUCCGGUGCACAUUUUGUUUUGUGAACAUCACACUUUCCUCCCCAGCUUCAAACAGAUUGCGUCCAUCUCUGACAUGUUUUCACUAGGCCAAAUUUCGGUUAAGCAAUAGUGAUCGUUCCUGAAGUACACGAGACGGGUUGGAAGAGUUGUAGCGUUUUCUUGAUGGUGCAGUUAAUCGGCAUGCGUCUAGGUAGAUCAUCAUCAUUAUACAUUGUAAAUCUCGCUCAAAUAAGCUAUGAUUGAAGUCUGGAAAGAGUUGAAUGACGGCAGAUAAGUUAUAAUGUCUAUUGGCAACAUUUUUCAUACGUAGGUUGUUGAUGCAUAUUGUUAGUAGUUCUAAAGGAAAUGCAAGUAUGGACAAGGGCAUUGCAACUUUCAAGUUUGUAUUUGGAUUAAUGUAAAUUUCUCGGUCCAAUCAAAGUGUUAAAUCUAAGUUUUCAAUUUACACACAUAAUUGAGGAUAUAUACUCCUUUGUUUCAUUUGCUUUAUACAUUUUAUCCAAUAUACUUAUUCAAUUUU